AUGGGAUUGAAUCCUAAUCAAGAAGAUUUAUUGGGAAAACUUGAGGGAAUGCGAUCUAUUAUUACAGAAGUUAAUAAUCAAUUCAAAGAUCCUGAUAAAACAACAUUUAUUUGUGUAUGCAUUUCCGAGUUUUUAUCUCUUUAUGAAACAGAACGUAUGAUUCAAGAAUUAACAUCAUAUCACAUCGACACUCACAACAUUGUAGUAAAUCAAUUACUAUUCCCACGAAAAGGUUCCAAUUGUGAACAAUGUCUAGUUAGACAUAAAAUGCAGCAAAGAUAUUUAGAUCAGAUUUAUGAUUUAUAUGAAGAUUUUCAUAUUGUGUUAAUGCCCCUUUUAACAAAAGAAAUACGUGGUACGGCUGAUAUUAAAGAAUUUUCAGAGAUGUUGGUGACCCCAUUUAAGCCACCUGGCGACGAAAGUGAAUCUGAUGGUGUUGAUGGUCUUACCAGUAACGAUUAG